CACUGAGUUCACAUUCAGGGAUCCUCCCCGGCGGACAAGUAGUCAGACGAAUGCGCUUUUUACGGAGCGGCAGGAUUAUUCCCGUUGUGUUAUUUAAAGAACAUCAGCCAAUUAACAGAAAAAUCUAUAGGCAACGUGAUCUAUAACGCGUUUCCUGCUGUAAUGUAAAGAUGGCGAGGCUGCUUCACAACUUACUGUUGUUUACUGCUAGACUUGCGCUGAAGAUCAGAGUUUUUAGCUAUUGGUGUUUGAUAUAUACUUACUGUGCUCUCUGUACUUGCAUUCCGCUGCUGAAACUUUGGUGGAACAUCAUUUUAAGGCCAUCGAAAACCUUUCAAUGGGGAAUCCGCGAAACUCCCCCUGCUUGUCUGAAUGACACGUCCUUGGGAACGCACUGCUAUGUUAGAAUAAAGGAGUCUGGUCUGAGAUUCCACUAUGUGGCUGCAGGCGAGAGGGGAAAACCACUGAUGCUGUUUCUCCACGGUUUCCCAGAGUUCUGGUUCUCUUGGCGCCACCAGCUACGAGAGUUUAAGAGCGAGUUCCGGGUGGUGGCAGUGGACAUGCGUGGGUAUGGGGAGUCCGACCUGCCCACCUCCACUGAAAGCUAUCGGCUGGAUUACCUGGUCACAGAUGUUAAGGACAUUGUGGAGUACCUUGGUUAUAACAGAUGUUUCCUUGUUGGCCAUGACUGGGGUGGGAUCAUCGCGUGGUUGUUCGCCAUCCAUUACCCAGAGAUGGUGACAAAGCUCAUCGUCCUAAACUGUCCCCAUCCCUCUGUGUUUACAGAUUAUACCCUUCGCCACCCAAGCCAGCUACUCAAGUCGAGCUACAUCUUCUUCUUCCAGAUGCCACGCUUCCCAGAGCUCAUGCUCUCCAUCAAUGACUUCAAGGCUCUGAAAUGCCUUUUCACCAGUCGCAGCACAGGGAUUGGACGGAAUGGCUGCUGGCUUACCUCAGAGGACAUGGAGGCCUACCUUUAUGCCUUCUCUCAGCCUGGGGCCCUCACUGGUGCUCUAAACUACUACAGAAACAUCUUCAGUUUUCUCCCUCUGAGACAAGAAGAUGUGAAGUCUCCUGUCCUACUGCUGUGGGGCGAGAGGGACGCCUUCCUUGAGCAAGAUAUGGCUGAAACAUGUCGCCUCUACAUCAAGAACCACUUCCGGCUGAACAUCAUUUCUGGAGCCAGCCACUGGUUGCAGCAGGACCAGCCGGACAUCGUCAACACCUUGAUAUGGACCUUCCUCAAAGAGGGCGAGGGACGCAAAUCCUACAGAAACUGAAUCUUCCUGUGAGGAGGGCGGGGAAUUUCCUGUGAAAACCAACCAACCGACAAACCAACCAACUAAUCAACCAACGAACCAACACAAUAAUGCAACAGUCCUUUGAAUUUUACAAAUUUCAGAUAUAUUUCAAGAUGUCAAUCAGAGUAAGAUAAAAGCACACUUUACCAGAGUGGAUACACAGUAGAGCAUUCGACCAUUGUAAAAUUUUUGCACAUGACAUCUGCCUUAAAGUUUGUAAAUGACACAUUUACAGAUGUACGGCAAAUCUCCUUGUGAGUUGUAUUGUGGUGGUGCCUUUGACUUAUUUAUUAAUGUUACGACUAAAAGUUGUGCCAUUUUUAUGAGAUUUCCUGGGCUGUGGUGUGGUCUGCUAUGCUGUAUGUGUCACCAGAUUGCUCCUUUCUUUUUCUACAGAAAUCCUCGGGAUCCUCUUCCCUAGCCUUCUCUAUCAGGUGGUGUUGUCUUAAUGAAAACGUUGUUCUUCAUAUUUGUAUUUUUCAACACUUUGCUCAGAUAUUUGAGAAUGUUGUUAUCUUGAUCUUCCUGUAAAAAGUGAUGGUUAAAUAUUGUAAACUUUUUGUAUCUCUUCGUACACGCUGCAUUUACUAUUCCACUGAGCCCGUUCUGCACCAUUUUAAUUUUCUAAGCAAA